AUGUUUGACGGCUGCCUCCUGCCCCUCGUCGUGCCCUGCCUGCUGCUCUGCGGACUGGACGCCGGCACAGCUGGCGGAGCGGAGCUGGAAGUGGUGAUCCCGGAGCGAGUGCCGCUGGAGAAGAUCCACCUGCUGCCGCCCGGAGGGGAUCGCGGCGGCCCCCGGCGCCGGCGGGCAGCGGCGGAGCAGCAGGAGGAGGAGGAGGCCGUGCUGCUCCGCCUGCCCGCCGCCGGCACCGAGCUGUACCUGCACCUCCGCCGCGACCUGCGCUUCCUGGCCCGGGGCUUUGCGGUGGAGCGGCGGCGCGGGGAGGCGCGGCGGCCCCCGCGGGAGCGGCUCUGCUUCUACUCGGGACACGCGUUGAACCGCAGCGACUCCUUCGCCUCCCUCAGCACCUGCGCCGGGCUGGUUGGCUACAUCCAGCUUGGAUCAGAGCACCUGCUGAUCCAACCUGUGAAUGCAUCUGAGACCUCGUUCAGUGGGAAGGAACAUUUCAUCAGGCGAAGACGAGCCACCAAACCUGGCCAUCCCACCAAACCUGGCCAUCCCACCAAACCUGGCCAUCCCACCAAGCCCCGCAGCUCUGAGGAGCACUGCAAGGUUGUAGCAGAAAAGAAGAGACAAAAGAAGGUGAAGUCCCCGAGUGACUGGCGGGAGAGGAGGAACGCGAUUCGCCUCACCAGCGAGUACACGGUGGAGACCCUGGUGGUGGCAGAUGCUGACAUGGUGCAGUACCACGGAGCAGAAGCUGCCCAAAGGUUCAUCCUCACAGUUAUGAAUAUGGUGUACAACAUGUUCCAGCAUCAAAGCCUGGGAAUUAAAGUCAACAUUCGAGUGACCAAACUGGUCCUGCUUCACAAUCGCCCUGCAAAGUUGUCCAUUGGGCAUCAUGGAGAGAGAUCUCUGGAGAGCUUCUGUCAGUGGCAAAAUGAAGAAUAUGGUGGGGCAAAAUACCUUGGUAACAACCAGGUUCCUGGUGCCAGGGAUGACACCCCUCCUGUGGAUGCUGCUGUUUUUGUGACCAGGACAGAUUUCUGCGUGCACAAAGACGAGCCUUGUGACACUGUGGGAAUUGCUUACCUAGGAGGUGUCUGCAGUGCCAAGAGAAAGUGUGUUCUUGCUGAAGACAACGGGCUCAAUCUGGCAUUCACAAUUGCACAUGAGCUUGGGCACAACAUGGGAAUGAGCCACGAUGAUGAUCAUCAGCCCUGUGCUGGGAGGUCUCACAUUAUGUCUGGAGAAUGGGUGAAGGGCAGGAACCCAAGUGACCUUUCCUGGUCUUCAUGCAGCCGAGAUGACCUCGAAAACUUCCUAAAGUCCAAGGUGAGCACCUGUCUGCUGGUGACAGAUCCCCGUAGCCAAUAUUCCGUGCGGCUCCCUCACAAGCUGCCGGGGAUGCACUACAGUGCCGACGAGCAGUGCCAGAUCCUUUUUGGCACCAACGCCACCUUCUGUAAGAAUAUGGAGCAUUUGAUGUGUGCUGGACUCUGGUGCCUGGUGGAAGGAGACACAUCCUGUAAAACAAAGUUGGACCCCCCUCUGGAUGGCACCGAAUGUGGCGCAGACAAGUGGUGCCGAGCUGGGGAGUGUGUCAGUAAAACCCCCAUCCCUGAGCACGUGGACGGGGACUGGAGCGUGUGGAGCCAGUGGAGCAUGUGCAGCCGGACGUGCGGAACAGGGGUGCGCUUCAGGCAGCGGAAAUGUGACAACCCCCCCCCGGGGCCAGGGGGGAAGAACUGCCGGGGGGCCAGCGUGGAGCACACGGUGUGUGAGAACCUGCCCUGCCCCAAAGGGGUGCCCAGCUUCAGGGACCAGCAGUGCCAGGCCCAUGACAGGUACAGCAACAAGAAGAAAAGCCUCCUGACAGCUGUCAUUGUGGAUGAUAAGCCAUGUGAGCUCUUUUGCUCCCCACUGGGCAAGGAUUCUCCCGUGCUGGUGACAGACAGAGUCCUGGAUGGAACUCCCUGUGGGCCUUACGAGACAGACCUCUGUGUACAUGGCAAGUGCCAGAAAAUUGGCUGUGAUGGGAUCAUUGGCUCAGCUGCCAAAGAAGAUCGCUGUGGGAUCUGCAGUGGUGAUGGGAAAACCUGCAAAGUGGUGAAAGGAGACUUCAACCACACCAAGGGCAUGGUAACCAAUAGUCAUUGUAAGAAGGUUUCCACAUGUGUGAUGGCAAAGGCAAAGGCUGUUCCCAAGUGUUUCUCGUGUUACAUCGAAGCCGCUGUGAUCCCUGCGGGUGCCCGGCGGAUCAGAGUGGUUGAAGAUAAACCUGCUCACAGCUUUCUGGCUUUAAAAGAUUCCAGUAAGAGAUCCAUUAACAGCGACUGGAAAAUUGAGCUUCCUGGUGAGUUUCAGAUCGCAGGCACCACUGUCCGGUACGUGCGAAGGGGGCUGUGGGAGAAAAUCUCUGCCAAAGGACCAACUAAAAUACCACUGCACUUGAUGGUGCUGUUAUUCCAUGACCAGAAUUAUGGAAUUCAUUAUGAAUACACCAUCCCUGUAAACUAUACUGCUGAAAUCAGAAGCGAGCCAGAAAAGCAACAGGAUUCCCUGUACAUCUGGACACACAGCGGAUGGGAAGGAUGCAGUGUGCAGUGUGGAGGAGGUGAGCGGAAAACCAUCGUGUCCUGCACUCGGAUCAUUAACAAGACCAUGACACUGGUGAAUGACAGUGACUGCCAGCGAGUGACCCGCCCCGAGCCCCAGGUCAGGAAAUGUAACACACACCCCUGCCAGUCACGGUGGGUGACUGGCCACUGGAGUCCCUGCUCUGCCACUUGUGAGAAGGGUGUGCAGCAGCGGGAGGUCACUUGUGUUUAUCAGCUGCAGAACGGCACCUACGUCAACACCAGGGAUCUCUACUGCCUGGGCAGCAAGCCAGCCACAGUGCAGAGCUGUGAGGGACGGGACUGCUUGUCCAUCUGGGAAGCAUCAGAGUGGUCAAAGUGCUCAGCAGACUGUGGCAGGGGAAUUCAGAAAAGAACAGUGACGUGCACAAACUCCCAAGGCAAAUGUGAUGCAGCCACCAGGCCAAGAGACGAGGAAGAGUGUGAGGAUCACACAGGCUGUUACGAGUGGAAAACGGGAGACUGGUCCAAGUGCUCCUCGACGUGCGGCAAGGGGCUGCAGUCGCGCGUGGUGCAGUGCAUGCACAAAGUGACCGGGCGCCACGGCAGCGAGUGCCCGGCCCUGGCCAAGCCCCCGGCCUACAGGCAGUGCCACCAGGAGGUCUGCAACGACAAGAUCAAUGUCAACACCAUCACCUCGCCCAGGCUCGCUGCCCUCACCUACAAGUGCACGGGGGACCAGUGGACAGUGUACUGCAGGGUGAUCCGUGAGAAGAACCUGUGCCAGGACAUGCGGUGGUACCAGCGCUGCUGCCAGACCUGCAGAGACUUUUAUGCAAACAAGAUGCAGCAGAAGAGUUAA